AUGGCGAAUAGUAAAUUUGAGUAUGUGAAAAAAUUUGAACACUCUAAUCCACUUUUACCAAGCACCUAUAUGGUAGUUAGAAUCGACGGUAGAGGUUUUACUAAUUUUACAAAUCUUCACAACUUUGAAAAGCCAAAUGACAUAAGAGGUUUAUAGUUGAUGAACAAAUGUGCUAAGGAAGUAAUGAAGAGCUUCACUGAGAUAAUUAUUGCAUAUGGAGAUUCCGAUGAAUAUUCCUUUGCUUUUAAAAAGAGUGCUAAUGUCUUUAACAGAAGAGAAGAUAAGAUCUUGUCUUGCGUUUUAAGUUUAUUCUCUACAUCCUAUGUGUUCUUCUGGUCAAAGUAUUUUGGAGAUACUAAUACAGGAGGUUAGAAAUUAUUAAAGGUUCCUUCAUUUGACGCAAGAAUUGUACUUUACCCCUCUUUGGAAGAUCUUUAAAAUUAUUUAUCGUGGAGGUAGGUAGAUUGCCACAUUAACAAUCAGUAUAAUACUUGCUUUUGGACAAUAGUUUAAAAGGGUGGACUAUCUACUGAAUAAGCAUAAAAAAGGUUAAAAGGUACUCUUACUAAGGAUAAAAAUGAAAUAUUAUUCAGUGAGUUUGGUAUAAAUUAUAAUACAAUCGAUGAGAUAUUUAAAAGAGGAAGUAUUUGGAUAAGAAUGAUCAGUAAAAAGGAGAUGAAAUAAUAAAAAUCAAGAAAACCACAGGAAAUCAAGGAAUAAAUAUAAUAGCGAAACUAAUCAGAGUAGAUAAAUUUAGAGGAAGAGAAAAAAAAUGGUGAUAGUGAUGUAUAAGAUUUAAAAGGGGAUAUUAUUGAUAUGUCUUUGGAUGUAAUGACUUCAGCUCUUAAGAUUAGUAAAAAAGAGCUAUUACUAGUUCAUGAUGAUUUGGUUGAGAAGCCUGCUUUCUACGAAAAGUAUGAGCUAAUUAAGAAAUUAAAAUGA